AUGGCGUCCUAUGUGGAUAACAGUUUUCGCCAGGCUGUGAUGCUCAACCCGGCGGACCGCACGCAACAGGACCUGGAGAUUGUCUACUCUUACCUGCAUGGGAUGGAGGCCCUGUCCAACCUCCGAGAGCACCAGCUAAGAGUCAUGUGCGAGACGGUGCGCUACGAAAGACAUGAAGCCAAUGAAGUGCUGUACUACCCUGACGACAUUGGGAGCUGCUGGUACAUCCUCUUAUCCGGAUCCGUCUUCAUCAAGGAGUCCAUGUUUCUGCCCAGGAGCAGUUUUGGCAAGCGCUCGGCCGGCAGCCUCAGACGUGGAUGUGAGUGCAUUGUCCUGGAGCCUUCAGAGAUGAUUGUGGUGGACUACAUGGACGAAAAUGAGGAGUACUUCCAGCGCCAAGCCUCGCACAGACAAUCGCGCAGACGCUUCAGGAAGAUCAACCAAAAGGGCGAGAGGCAAACCAUCAUCGACACAGUGGACCCCUACCCCACCGGCAAGCCUCCCAUAGGCCGGCCUUACCACACGGCGGGGAUCAAUAUUCCUGGCUCUCCCUCCAAACCUGGGGAGCCUGCUCUUCGCUCCGCUGCCUGCCGUUACAGGCCGUAUGCAGAAUCCUCACUAAGUCUCAGCACGGCGCUGCCAACGGAGACCGUCCUUCAGCGGGACAUGAGGUCGCACCCGAAGGCCAAGUGGAGAUGUGGAUGA